AUGGAAGAAACCAAUGAGGAUGAUGAAAAUAACUCUGUUGAAAUCUUGGAGGAUUAUGAUGAUGAAAAUGAUAAUUCUGCUGAAAUUUUUGGGGAUUAUCAACCCUGCCCAAAAAUAAGGCAGAAGUCUGGUCCAUUGUCAUGUCCUCUGACUCGCGAGAAAACCAGAUUAAGUACUCAUUCUUCACCCGAAAUAUCAUCAUCUUCAUCUAAGAGGGUUGUUGAAGCUGCCAACAAGUUCAUCUCAAACCAUUCCUUCAGAGUCACCGUGGGCUCAUCCCUUAUGCCGCAUGUACCAGUUAGUUUCUCCAAGGAUUUCAUUAAAUUGGAGAAACAAACCGCCAAGCUUCUGGUCAGAAAGAAAUCGUGGUGUGUGAGUUUGAUUGCUCAUUCUGUUAACACAUUUCCAUUUUCUGUUGGCUGGGCCGCUUUUGCAAGGGAAAAUUGUUUGAGAGCAGGAGAUGUUUGCAUCUUUGAGCUUGUCGACAAAAACGACAUUUCACUGAAAGUUCACAUGUUCAGAUGCUGA